AUGGGAAAAGAUUACUAUAAAGCACUUGGCAUCAGCAAAGGUGCUUCUGAUGAUGAGAUCAAAAAGGCCUAUCGCAAAAUGGCUCUGAAGUACCAUCCGGAUAAGAAUAAGGACCCUGGCGCUGAAAAUAAGUUCAAGGAGAUUGCGGAAGCAUACGAUGUUCUUUCCGAUGAGAAAAAGAAGAAGAUCUACGAUCAGUACGGAGAAGAAGGUCUUAAGGAUGGUGGACCAGGAGGAGCCGGAGGAGGUGGCGGUGGAAUGCACUAUGAAUUCCGCGGCGACCCUAUGAAUAUUUUCUCAUCUUUCUUCGGAGGUUCUGAUCCAUUCGGACCUGGUGGAGCUGGUAUGUUCGAUCUCGGAGGUGGCGCAGGAGGUCCAGGCAUGUUCUUCAUGAACCAGGGAGGCAUGGAUGACGGCAUGUUCGGAAUGCAUGGUGGAGGAGGAAGAAGACCACACGCUCGACAAGAUCCAGCUGUGCUACACGAUCUUCAUGUUAGUUUGGAAGACGUUCUGAAAGGAACCACGAAAAAGAUGAAAAUCACAAGAAAGGUCAUGGCCGACAAUGCUCAACGACUCGAAGAUAAAGUACUGACAGUGACUAUCAAACCAGGAUGGAAGUCGGGAACAAAGAUCACUUUCCCAAAGGAAGGUGACCAACACCCUAACAGAACUCCAGCAGAUAUCGUAUUUGUUAUAAAGGACAAACCACAUCCGAAAUUCAAAAGAGAAGGGUCUGACAUAAAGCGAGUUGAGAAGAUUUCUCUGAAAAGUGCUUUGACUGGUGUUGAUAUUUUGAUCCCAACUUUGGAUGGAGUGGAUCAUCGUCUGCAGUUGAACGAAAUCGUCAAGCCAGGAACUACCAGACGGCUGACAGGAAAAGGAUUGCCAAAUCCAAAAUCGCCAACUCAUCGUGGAGACCUGAUUGUCGAGUUCGACGUUGAGUUCCCAUCUGCUCUCACUCCAACUCAAAGAGAAGCAAUUCUGAGAAACUUCUAA